GUUGCUGAAGUCAAAAACAGCUACUGGCUUGAGGUGGAGGGCCUACAUCGAUGCCUUACCAAGCUCAUUGAGCAUGGCAUUUCAAUCUCAGUCUUGGCAACAGAUUGCCACCCAUCGGUUCAAAAAGUGAUGCGGGAGGAGUAUGGUGGCAUCAAACACCAGUUUGACUUAUGGCAUAUUGCAAAAAACCUGAAGAAGAGACUGCUGAAGUGCCAGGACGAGCAACUUCUUGAGUGGGCGAGGAUGAUUGCUAAUCACUUAUGGUACUGCGCCAUGACAUGCAACGGAAGUGCCACCAAUCUGAAGGAGAAGUGGAUAUCUGUGCUGCACCACAUCACCAACGUCCACUGCUGGACAUCGGGGGAGACAAUUAGAAGAUGUGACCACCCACCGUACACUGCAGAAGAUGAGAAGAAACGGCCAUGGCUCAACCCCCGCUCAACUGCAUUUGAACGCCUCCAGAGUGUAGUGUUGGACAAACUUCUGCUGAAAAAGCUUGAGCACGUCACAGAGGGCAUUCAUACAGGAAGACUUGAGUGCCUACACUCUGUCUACACAAAGUAUGCAACCAAGCGGAAAAAGUAUUUGAAAGACAGCUUUCAGGCUCGACUCCGUGUGGCAGCACUGGACCAUAACAACAACGUGGUCCGGGAGGAUGCGACUAAAAGUGAUGGAGAAAAGCAAAUGAAGCACUACUUCUCAAAGGCUGCAAAUCGGCAUGUGGUGGCCCCUGUGAAGGUGGUGAAAGACUACAGCUUCCGGAAGGAAAUCGUGGCAGCAGCUCUGAGGAGAUGUGAGGUGGUCUCUAUCCGUCAAGUGCUGAGGGAAUGUCCACAAGGGAAAAUGAUGACCAUUGCUGAACACAGAGGGAUUGAAAAACCAGACAAAGAAGUGUCUGUGUCAACACACCUCAGCAGAUUUCCCAAAAACCUAAAUCCAGAGGUGUAGAAGAGAGGAUUGUAAAGAAGCGCAGUCCCGUUCAAGACCAGAGGAGACUGCCCCCCACACACAGCCUAUUCUUGUCCUUCAUCUA